AUGGCUAGGGAUUGUAAGACAUCAGCCCCAGUUAGUAAUGCACUUAGGAUCAUGGGAACUAUUCCAGAAGUAAAUGAGCCUCUUAGGGUAAGAGUUAUUGACAUGUCAGAGAAGGAUGUUAUUCAAGAUGCUAAUGUGGUGACAGAGCUAGCUAAUCAGGAUCGUAUUCCUGUUGAUCGAGUUUGUCCUGAUUGUGAGGUUGAGAUCUUACGAAAUAAGUUUUGCGCCGACUUGAUACCUUUCAAGUUGGGAGAAUUUGACGUGAUAUUAGGAAUGGAUUGGUUGUCUAAACAUAAUGCUCAGAUAGACUAUAGAAAUAAGAAGUCAGGAACCAAUAAACUUGAGGAUAUACAUGUGGUAAAUGAAUUUCCAGACGUUUUUCCCGACGAAUUGCCAGGACCUCCCCCAGAUAGGGAGAUAGAAUUUGCAAUCGAUUUAGCACCUGGAACGAAGCCUGUAUCUAAAGCCCCGUAUAGGAUGGCACCUGUAGAGAUGAAAGAAUUGGCAAAACGACUGCAAGAACUAUUAAGGGAGUGA